CUGUUAAGUAGUCGAUGGUGGAAAGAUUCUUCCCACUUGGAAAGAGGCUUUUCCUUCUUGGACAUCUGCUGGCGGAGCCUCCAGUAGCCUGACACAGGAGAAAGGGUCCAGCCGCAACUCCUGACUGUGUCUCACUUCUCACAGGGGGAGGCUUACAGCAGGCUGCUCACAAUUAGGUCACUUUUUGGGGGGGCUUUAAUAGACUGAUUCAUGCGCUGCUGAUCCUUCAGGGUGAAACAUGAAGAUAAGGCUGUCACUGGCCACGGCUGCUUUCUUUGCAGCCCUGCUGUCCUCAGUAGAUGCUCAAGUGGAACCACCCUCAGACUUAAAAUUUAAAAUUCUAAAUGAGAACACAGUGGAUAUGACAUGGGUAAGACCCUCGGCGAGGAUAGAUGGCUUCAGAAUACAAGUUGUGUCAGAUGCAGAUGAACCUGUUAGGGAUUUUAAUCUCGAUGCAUACACUACUACAACCUCAAUCACCAAUCUGACACCUGACUUGGACUACUCUGUAUCAAUAAACUCCUAUGUUGGUUCAGAGGAGAGCAUCCCCAUAUUUGGCCAAUUGACUAUCCAGUCCAGUAACAGCAGCGGACGAGUCAGGAGGCCGCAAUCAGAUGCAAUCAAGUGUUCUGUCAGUGCAAUAGCAGACUUGGUUUUUCUGGUGGACGGGUCGUGGAGUGUGGGCCGAGAAAACUUCCAACACAUCCGCAGUUUCAUCGCUGCGCUAGCUGGGGCCUUUGACAUUGGUGAAGACAAGACCCGAGUGGCUGUGGUUCAGUACAGCACGGACACGCGCACAGAGUUCCCCCUCACCACUUACACCAGAAGAGGUGACCUGCUCCAAGCCAUCAACUCACUGCCGUACAAAGGAGGGAAUACCAUGACUGGUGACGCCAUAGAUUUCCUUCUGAAAAACAUCUUCACUGAGGCAGCUGGAUCAAGGAAAGGUUUUCCAAAGGUAGCCAUGAUCAUCACUGAUGGAAAAUCCCAGGACCCAGUGGAGGAGUAUGCUAAAAGACUUAGGAACAUUGGAGUGGAAAUAUUUGUUCUAGGUAUCAAAGGAGCAGAUGAGGAUGAGCUCAGGGAAAUUGCCUCCACACCUCACAGCAAACAUGUGUACAAUGUGCCCAACUUUGACCUGAUCCAAGAGGUACAGAAAAAGAUCAUCACAGAAGUAUGCUCUGGUGUCGAUGAGCAGCUCAGCUCCCUUGUGAGCGGCGAAGAAAUGGUGGAGCCUGCCCACAACUUGCAAGUUACAGAAAUUGCAUCGAAGUCAAUGAGGGUGAUGUGGGAUCCAUCCCUGGGUGAAAUCACAGGUUACAAGCUCACCCUUAUUCCUAUGGUGCCUGGAAUGAAGCGCCAAGAGCUGUACAUGGGGCCGACGCAGACAUCCAUCAACGUGCGGGACCUUUCCCCCGAGACUGAGUAUGAGAUCAGCUUGUUUGCUCUCAAAGGUCUGACUCCAAGUGAACCCAUCUUGGACCUGGCAAAGACCCAGCCUGUGAAGGUUUCAACAGAGUGCUCUCUGGGAGUGGAUGUGCAGGCUGAUGUAGUCCUACUGGUUGAUGGCUCAUACAGUAUUGGAUUACAAAAUUUUGCCAAAGUCCGCGCCUUCCUGGAGGUUUUGGUCAACUCCUUCGACAUCGGAGCCAACAAAGUCCAGAUUAGCUUGGUCCAGUACAGCCGUGAUCCACACACUGAGUUUGCCCUCAACACCCACCACGACAUUAAUACUGUCGUCAAAGCUGUGCGCACCUUCCCCUACCGUGGUGGUUCCACAAACACAGGAAAGGCUAUGACUUAUGUCAGGGAGAAGAUCUUCAUCCAAGCUCGAGGAGCGAGAGAGAAUGUCCCCCGCGUUAUGGUCCUGAUCACCGAUGGGAAGUCUUCGGACUCGUUCAAGGACGCCGCCACCAACUUGAGGAAUGUCGAUGUGGAGAUCUUUGCUGUUGGUGUUAAAGAUGCUGUGAGAUCAGAGCUGGAAGCCAUUGCUAAUCCACCAGCAGAUACCCAUGUCUAUGAGGUGGAAGACUUCGAUGCGUUCCAGAGGAUUUCUAAGGAGCUGACUCAGUCAAUCUGCCUGAGGAUCGAACAGGAGCUGCUGAAAAUAAAAAAGAGGAAUCUUCUUCCACCGAGAGAUUUGGUUUUCUCUGAGAUCACCUCGCGAAGCUUCCGGACCACUUGGACAGCCCCUGCUGCCAGUGUUAUGUCGUACCUGGUGCGUUUUCGCAAGGCUGAAGACAUCACUGGAGACUACGUUUCCUUGGCAGUGGCUGGAGAUACCACCACAGCCGUUCUCCCCCACCUUUUUCCCCUCACUGCCUAUGAAGUGAACGUCUAUGCUCAGUAUGAAAAAGGAGACAGUUUCCCUUUGACCGGCGAAGAAACCACUCUCGAAGAACAAGGGGCUGUGCGAAAUCUUCGAGUCACAGAGGAAACGACAAACAGCUUCAGGGUUUCAUGGCAAGCUGCUCCAGGUUCAGUUAUCAGGUACCGCCUGUCCUAUGUGCCGCUAAGUGGCACAGGAGAAAUUCUGGAGGCCCAAACCAUUGGAGCAGAGACCACUAUAGUUCUGCAGGAGCUCUUUCCCAUUACCACCUACCGUGUGUCCGUGUCUGCUGAGUACGCCACUGGCACAGGGGAUGAGAUGCAGGUGGACGGUACCACCAAGGAAGUUCGUGGUUCUCCUCGUGACCUUCGAGUCUUUGAUGAGACUAUAUCCACAAUGAAACUUGCAUGGAAGGCUGCUCCAGGAAAUGUUCUUCAGUACCGCAUUGCCUUUAAGCCUGCUGAAGGAGGCGAAAGGAAGGAGAUAUCUGUCAAGGGAGUACUCACAGAGGCUACGCUCAAGAACCUCAAACCAGGCACUGAAUAUGAGCUUUUUGUUUCUGCACGCUAUUCGUCCGGGCUGGGUGAUCCUCUUCUCGGUACAGGAACCACUUUGGAAGAGCUUGGUUCUCCCAGAGACUUGGUGACCAAAGACGUCACUGACACUAGUUUUGGGGUAUCCUGGACUGCUGCUCCGGGUAACGUCCGACAGUAUCGGAUUAAAUGGAAAUCUCAGUUCAGCGAUGAGGCCGGGGAAAAGACAAUACCAGGGGACACCACCACUACAGUUCUGGACGGUCUCACCCCAGAGACACGUUACCAGGUGUCUGUGUUUGCUGGCUAUGGCCAUGGAGAAGGACAGCCAUUAGUUGGAGAGGAAACCACAGAUGUCUCUGCCGCUGGCAGGGUAAUUGUGGUCUCGGACGAGACGGAGAAGAGCAUGAAGGUGACAUGGCAGCCGGCACCUGGAAAUGUGCUCAACUAUCGCGUUACCUACAAACCGCAGUCAGGUGGACGCCAGCUCGCGAGCAAAGUAAGAGGUGGCACCACUGUGACUGUGCUGAGACAGCUCACCCCCCUCACCACCUACGACAUCACUGUCCUGCCCAUCUAUCGUUCCGGAGAAGGCAAAGCAAGGCAAGGAGUAGGAACAACACUGUCACCUUUCAAAGGUCCAAGAAAUCUCCAGACUUCAGAGCCUACCAAGACCAGUUUCAGGGUAACCUGGGACCAUGCUCCCGGUGAUGUAAGGGGCUAUAGGGUCGCCUUCCACCCUGUGGAGGAUGAUAUUGACCUGAGAGAGCUUCUGGUCAGCCCCUAUGACAACACUGUGGUGCUCGAGGAGCUCAGAGCUGGUACCAAAUACACAGUGAAUGUGUUUGGUAUGUUUGACGGAGGAGUGAGUAUGCCACUGGCUGGGGAGGAGAAUACCACUUAUUCCGAUGACCCUGACACUCCAAUUUCAGAGAGACCAAGUGUGACGUGUAAGACCACAGCGCAGGCUGACAUUGUGCUGCUGGUGGACGGCUCCUGGAGUAUUGGUCGUCUUAACUUCAAGACCAUUCGGGUCUUUAUCUCCCGCAUGGUGGGGGUCUUCGACAUCGGUCCCGAUAGGGUCCAAAUUGGGCUUGCCCAGUACAGUGGAGACCCAAAGACUGAAUGGCAUUUGAAUGCCCAUCCGACCCGGGAUUCUCUCCUAGAUGCUGUGGCAAACUUGCCCUAUAAAGGAGGAAAUACUAUGACAGGUCUGGCUUUGAACUACAUCCUUCAGAAUAAUUUCAAAGAGAAUGUUGGGAUGAGACCCAACUCCCGUAAGAUUGGAGUCUUGAUCACUGAUGGUAGAUCACAGGACGAUGUAAUCGCCAACUCUCAGAACUUGCGGGAUCAGGGCAUUGAGCUGUAUGCCAUUGGUGUGAAGAAUGCUGAUGAGAAUGAGUUGAGGUCCAUUGCCACUGAUCCAGACGACAUUCACAUGUACAAUGUGGCUGAUUUCUCCUUUUUACUGGACAUUGUUGGCAGUCUGACUGACAACCUCUGUAACAGCGUCAAGGGACCAGGAGGUGCUCCAGAUGCACCUACUAAUCUGGUGACAUCAGAGGUGACCCACCAGUCCUUCAGAGCCACCUGGGUAGCUCCAGAAACACCAGUCGAAAAGUACCGCGUGGAAUACAUGACUCUUUCGGGACUCCCACAGGAGGUGUUUGUGGACGGUACAGAGAACACCGUGGUUCUCAUCGGCCUCACCCCACUGACAGAGUAUAUGGUCAAUGUCUACGCUUUGAUGGGAGAGGAGAGCAGCGAGCCCCUGAAAGGAACUGAGACCACGCUGCCCUUAAAUAGUGUGAAGAGUAUGAGCAUUUAUGAUGAACAGAUUACCACCAUGCGAGUGAGGUGGGAAAGGGUAGCUGGAGCCACCGGAUACUUGUUGCUCUACAGUGCCCUCAAUGCCACCCAGCCCACCAGUGAACAGGAGAUGAGAGUGAAAGCAGACACAACUGAUGUCCAGCUGUUGAAGCUGCUGCCCAACACGGCCUACAGCGUUUCUCUCUUCGCCCUUUAUGAACAACUCGCCAGCGAACCACUGACCAAGGAGGGGGUCACCUUGCCCUUGCCUCCAGCGGGGGUUUUGAGGGUUCGCGACGUCACCCACAGCACCAUGGUGCUUUACUGGGACGCUGCUCCUGGUGCCGUUCGCAAGUACCUCAUCACAUACAAGCCCGAGGAUGGAGAGGCUAAAGAACUGGAAGUGGAAGGCAGUGUGACUGUGAGACAGCUGGACAACCUGAUCUCCCAGACUGAGUACACUCUUGCUGUUACUCCAAUCUACGACGAAGGACCCGGGCAGCCAAUGUUGGGAAGUGCAAUCACGGAUGUGGUUCCAGCGCCAAAGAACCUGCAGUUUUCAGAAGUCACGCAGACCAGCUUCAGGGCCACCUGGGAACACGGGGCCCCCGAUGUGGCUCUGUACCGCAUCGGCUGGACUAAGAAGGGAGAGUUCAACUUCCAAUAUGACAUCCUGAACAAUGAUCAGACAAGCCACGUCCUGGAGAACUUGGAGCCAGACACGCCCUAUGAUGUGUCUGUCACUGCAAUCUACCCAGAUGAAUCAGAGAGCGAGGACCUUCUGGGCACCGAGAGAACAUUGUCCAAGCAAGAUGGUAGACCAACACCUAAUGCACCUCCCACCAACUUAGUUGUGUUCAAUGAAACCACCACCACUUUGAACGCCAGGUGGACUCCACCUCCGGGCCGUGUUGUGAACUACAAGAUCACCUAUGUCCCUACGGCUGGAGGCAGGACUCAGACUACUCAGAUUGGAGGAAAGAAGACGACCGUUCUGCUUCCCAAGCUGACCCCUGACACUGAAUAUUCCAUCAGUGUGGUGGCCAUUUACGCAGGAGGACAAAGCAGGGACCUCAGUGGCCUUGGGAAGACGAAGCCCUUGGGUGGUGUUAGGAACUUGCAGGUGACUGAUCCCACUACCAGCACCUUGAACGUUCAGUGGGAGCCUGCCGAGGGCAACGUGCGGCAGUAUAAGAUCUUCUACGUUCCUGCAGCUGGAGGGGUUGAAGAAAUGGUGCAGGUACCAGGAAGCACCUACCGCUCUGUGCUGAAGAACCUGCAGUCUGAUACGGUCUACACUGUGACUGUGGUUCCCAUCUAUUCCGCUGGGGAGGGACAGCGCAUGUCUGAGAAUGGCAAAACAUUGGAGCGCAGCCCCGUCAGAAACAUCCAAGUCUACAAUCCCACCACCAACACUUUGAACGUUCGUUGGGAGGCAGCAACAGGUCCAGUCGAGCAGUAUCGAGUGGUCUACGCUCCUCUAACUGGUGCCAGGCCUUCUGAGUCGAUUGUGGUGCCAGGCACCACCACCACAGCUCUGCUGACGCAGCUGCUCCCAGACACCGAUUAUAAUGUUGGAGUCGUUGCUCUCUACAGUGAUGGUGAAGGAACUGCUGUCAGUGAUAAUGGAAAGACAUUGCCCCGUAGUGCUCCGAGGAACAUGCGUGUCUAUGACCCCACCACCACCACACUCUCUGUUAGCUGGGAGCACGCAGAAGGUCCCGUUAUGCAAUACCGCAUCACCUAUGCCCAGCUCACAGGAGACCCCAUCGAAGAAUCUACUACUGUUCCAGGGAACAGAAACAAUGUGGUCCUGCAGAGCUUGGAUCCAGACACUCCUUAUAACAUUAAGGUGACAGCUAUCUAUGCUGAUGGGCCUGGAGGAGAGCUGGAUGGAACUGGGCGUACAGUUGGAAUGCUUGGCCCCAGGAACCUCCGUGUUUCUGAUGAGUGGUACACCCGCUUUAGGGUGUCCUGGGACCCAGCCCCCUCCAGGGUCAAUGGAUACAAGCUUAUCUACCAACCAGAGGGCUCGGAUGAAUCCUUGGAGGUGUUUGUUGGAGAUGUGACCUCCCACCAACUGCAUAACCUGAAACCUGGGACCACUUAUGAUCUGAAGGUUCUGGCUGAGUACACCACAGGCGUCAGUGCACCUCUGAUCGGUCAAGGCACCACAUUGUACCUUAAUGUGACUGACUUGACCACCUACAAUGUUGGCUACGAUUCCUUCUGCAUCCGCUGGGCACCUCACAGAGCAGCCACCUCCUACAGGCUCAAAGUCAAUCCUUUUGACACCUCUAAGAGUGGAGCUCAGGAAAUCACUGUCAGAGGCUCUGAGAGUAAUUAUUGUUUUGAUGGCUUGACCCCUGACACUCUUUACAAUGCCACUGUGUACACCCAAACCCCCAACCUCGAGGGACCUGGAGUAAGCGUGAAGGAGAGAACAUUGGUGAAACCCACGGAGAUGCCAACUGAACCACCCCCCCCUCCUCCUCCAGCAGAAGUUCCCCAAGCCCUAGAGGUGUGCAAAGGUGCUAAGGCCGACCUGGUCUUCCUCAUCGAUGGUUCCUGGAGUAUUGGAGAUGAGAGCUUCGUCAAAGUUAUCCAGUUUGUUACAAGCAUGACUGCAGCGUUUGAUGUCAUCAGCCCAGCUGGCAUGCAGGUUUCAUUUGUACAGUACAGUGAUGAUGCCAAGACUGAGUUCAAACUGAAUACUUACCAUGACAAGGGAAUCGUACUGUCAGCUUUGCAAACAGUCCGUUACAGAGGAGGCAACACCAAGACAGGCAUUGCUCUCAAGCACGUCUAUGAGAAGGUAUUCACAUCGGACAACGGCAUGAGGAGGAGUGUCCCCAAAAUGCUGGUUGUUGUAACAGAUGGCCGCUCCCAGGAUGAUGUCAAGAAGAGUGCAGAAAAACUGCAUCAUUCUGGCUAUAGUGUAUUUGUGGUUGGAGUGGCAGAUGUGGAGAUUAGAGAGUUGGCACAGAUCGGCAGCAAGCCCAGUGAGAGACAUGUGUUUGUCGUGGACGACUAUGAUGCUUUUGCCAAAAUUCAAGACAACCUGAUCACCUACAUUUGCGAAACAGCCACAUCCACUUGCCCUCUGAUCUUUAUCAACGGAUUCACCACACCUGGCUUCAGGAUGCUGGAAGCUUUCAACAUCACAGACCGGACAUUUGCUGGCAUGAAUGGUGUGUCCAUGGAACCUGGUUCCUUCAACAGCUACAUUGCCUACAGGCUGCACAAAGAUUCCUUCUUGAACCAGCCAACAAAGGAGAUCCAUCCAGAUGGUCUUCCCCCAUCUUACACCAUCAUCCUGCUUUUCCGUCUGCUGCCUGACACUCCCUCCGAACCUUUUGACAUCUGGCAGAUUUCGGACAAAAGCAACAACCCGGAGGUUGGACUCACUAUCAAUCCUUCCAGCAAAACACUCACGUUCUACAACAAGGACACCAGAGGAGAGAUUCAGAAAGCCGUGUUUAAUGAGGAGCAGGUCAAAAGGGUUUUCCAUGGGAGCUUUCACAAGCUCCACAUUAGUGUCUCUCCUGAGAAAGUCAAGCUCAACCUAGACUGCCAAGAGGUUGCAGAAAAGCCCAUCAAGGAGGCCAACAACAUCACAGUCGAGGGCUACGAAGUGCUUGGCAAGAUGGUCAAGUCAGGAGGCGGGAAGAGGCAGUCUGCUACAUUCCAGCUCCAGAUGUUCGAUAUUGUCUGCAGCUUGAGCUGGAUCAGCCGAGACAGAUGCUGCGACCUGCCUGCCACAAGAGAUGAAGCCAAGUGUCCCUCCCUUCCCCAUUCUUGCACAUGCACACAAGACAGCAUUGGCCCCCAGGGGCCUCCUGGACCUUCGGGUAGUCCAGGUUCUAAAGGACCUCGCGGAGACAGGGGCGAUUCUGGUCCCGCUGGUGCUAUGGGUCCACGUGGUGAGCAAGGACUCCCAGGCGCAAUGGGACCACCAGGUCCACAAGGCCCUAACGGACUGUCUUUACCUGGAGAACCUGGUCGCCAAGGACCAAAGGGCGACGCUGGAGAUCCAGGCCUGCCUGGCAUGCAAGGUCCUCCUGGGCCACGCGGUCCUCUGGGCCCUGUUGGACCGAGCGGAGCACGGGGGCCACCAGGAAAGGAGGGCUCGUCUGGACCCAGAGGCCCACAAGGGCCCAUGGGAAACCCUGGAAAUCCAGGUGUGCCUGGAAUAACUGGAAAACCAGGGAAACCAGGAGAUACAGGGAACCCAGGACCUGUUGGCAUUAAAGGAGAAAAAGGAGAGAGGGGAGAUUUUGCAUCCCAGAACAUGAUGCGCUCCAUUGCCAGACAAGUUUGUGAACAGCUUGUGAACAGUCAGAUGAGCAGAAUUGACGGCCUCCCGGUCCCCCUGGUCCCCCUGGCAACCAGGGAUCCCGUGGAGAACCUGGACAAACUGGCAGACCAGGUUUCCCUGGAAAUCCUGGAUUACCUGGAAAUCAAGGAGAAAGAGGUUUGGCAGGAGAGAAGGGAGAGAGAGGCUCUCCAGGAAAUGGUAUCAGAGGACAAAGAGGCCCAGCUGGACCACCAGGACCAUCAGGAGAGUCGAGAACAGGUCCCCCAGGUCCCAGUGGUUCCUCUGGGCCUCGUGGCCCUCCAGGUCGUCAAGUGUGUUGGCAUCCCUUACAACGGACAAGGAUACACAGGUUUGGCAUAAACUUUCUAAGUCGUCUGUGCCACUUGCACUCUGAGGUCCUGUUUCUGAGAUGUUUGCCCAUUUGCUAUGGGGCUUGUAAGGAUAAUCACCGAGGACAUAAUUGCUGAACAUUAAAACAAAUGUUGCGAAAGCCAAAAAACAAAACAAAACAAAACAGAGCGGAGCGGACUGGCACUAACAUCAUCUCACAGCUACAAGCUACAGUGAUGGCAACCUGCUGGCCUGUUUGCAUCUUGAACCACAGACCGUUGGGAUAUAAAAAGAUAAGAAAUAAGCAGAGACUGAGCAUUUCUACGAAGGAAGCAGCAUGUACAAAUACCAGCCAACCCAACUACUAACAAAGAGGAUAAUAAUAAGUUUAACGUUGAGGUGAUAUUUGUAAAUAAAACUAAUUUUUUUGCCUUGUAAAUGACUGUAUGAAUCAGGACGUUUGACUAAAAAUCAUGUUAACAUCUUUAUUGAGCUUGUGCCUCAUAACCCACUGCUUACUUACCACCAGCAUAACCUCUGUUUAUGAUGUCUAAGUGACUUAUACAGCUCUGGUCCACACUAAAGCAUGUUUCAUUUGUUUUUGUAAUGCUAUUAAUUUUAUGUACAUUGGCCAAAUCAGGGCUAGAAUUUGCUCUUGUUCCAUUUCUAUGUGUAGUAUCAGCUGGUCAUUUUACUACAGCUUAUAAUCAAAUAACUUUAUUGGUUUUUAUUGUUAAUGUCAUAGCAGCGUUGGGAACAGUUUUUUCAUUUUCUUUUAGAUCUUAUGGUACUUUAGGAGGCAACAAGUUGACACAGGGCAUUUCUUUUUAAAGUCCACGUUGUUCUAUAUAUAAAUUGUGCAUGGAUAAGUUGUAGAUGCAACCUGUUUUUUUGAUUGGCCAAAUAUUUUUCUAGCCACCCGCUACCAGCCAGAACCUGAGGUAGUGUCAAUACCUGUGGAGCCAGCUGAAGAGUUUGAAACAAUACAAUCACCUGGUUACACAGGAGACCAACGGGGAAAGAGAUCACUACCACAAGACAAUACAGGAAGACUAACAUCAUAGCUACAAAGCGGAAACUAUUGAAAUACAUUUCCGAAAUUAAGAGUGAAUGAAGUGAUACUCAAAACUAAUACUUAUAUGGGUUUGAUACCCCUGGCUAUAUUGAACAUAUAUUUUUUUGAAAUGAGAAAAUUUAGCAAGAUGAAUAGAAAAUCUUCAUGUUACAAACCUGUGUGCUUGCUAAGUGUUUCCCUUCAGUGUCUGCUUGUAAUAUAACUGCAAGUGUGUAUCAGGCUCCAGUGAGUAAAGCACUAAUCAUGCAAAAAAACAGCAGAAGGUAUGUGCAAACUAGUACAAUGUGUGUCCUCUGUAGCACUAACAAAGUAACCGGGUUUAUUUUUUGGUAAAAUUUUCAAUUGUUAAACAAUUUUUGUUCCUUUGUUGGUUAAAAGCAAACAAUUUAUCGCCAAAGAUUUCUUUAUUGUAAUGUUUUGUGCUGCCUGUAAACCAAAUGAUAAUCUAGCCUAUUGUGACAAACCAAAUUUGUAUUUCUUUUGUCUUGUUGCCAAAAAAUUGCAUGAUUGUGCUGUAUAUUUACUGAGGUCAGAAUAUAGUUGUUGUUCUAUCAAUGCAGUUUAGAUUUGGUUGCAAGACUAUGGACAUAGGAUUGCUUUUCUCAUGUUUUAACUGCACAUUUUGUGAAUUCCCCACAGCCUUAUUUUCUUAUUUAUUUCUGAAACGGAAGAGGCAUUUUUCAAUAAAACUACUGAAAAUGUAGCUCAUGUUUUUGAUUUAAAUUCACUCUCUCGUCUGAUUAACUAAACUGCAAUCUGCACCGCACAUUGUGACAUCUGGUGAAAAAUGUAUAAAAAAGAUCUUUAAUUCUAACAGAUUCUGAAUUUGCAAAGACAAUUUAAUUUGACAUGAAAAACAUAACCUAUGUUUCUCAUUAUUAGAAUCUGAAAGAUAUGCUUUGAAGUUCAAACAUUUAUUUAUGUUGACAGCCAAAGUUAUUUUGAGCUGCCUAGAAAGUCAGUUCAUGUCAGGGCAAAAAACAUAAGAGAUUAAUGGAGUUUAAAACAAACGUCUUCAACAUGUGAACUGCUUUGCAGACAUGCAACCAUUUGGCUUUCUUCCUAUCAGGUUGUAGUGAUUUUGUUCAGACAUCCCUGAGGAAACAAUGCAAAUGUAUUUGGGUCAGCACCACUAUUGCAGAAAGAUUUCCACCCAUUAAGCAUAUCUAAUGGUGAAAUUAGAGCCGUAUGAGGUCAUGAACAACAGUUUAUUGGGCUGAAUGCAAAGCAUAUUUGACUAGUUUUGCAAAAAUGCCCCAGAUAAUGGCUGUGGCUAUCAAAAUCAAGAUCACUACAACAUGGAGGCCUGGAAAAACCUCUCAGAAAGCCUCUUUUAUCUUUUUGCCUUGGUUCAUAAUAUGCACACACAGACCAUGAAGCACUCUGGAGUACAACUCAAGGGUUUCAUUUGAAUUUCACUGGAGUAUGGUAAAAGUAGUGAGUGCUGUGCAGGGGCAGCUGCUAUGUGUGACUCACAAAGGAAGCUAGGCUAUGAUGUGAAAGAUCUUAACAUGCACAUUGCUUACAUGGGAAUAUACUGUAAUAAGGAAAGGAAUACAACAAACACACAGCUGUGCUCACAGAGCUAAUGUUAUAGUUUUUUAUUCCUCAGAUCUUAUUCUAUUAAACCUGCCUUUCUCUACUUAACACUGUGUAGUGAGACAUAUUUGUCUUGAAUAGGCGAUCCCCUGUUUUAGACUCUAUGCUGGUCAUGACUUCACAUUAGACACACUGCUUUAAUGUCACUCCAUGAAAUUAUAAAAGGCAAUGCCGAGGCCAUGAGUGCCCCGUUUCCCCACUACAGCUAGUUAUUGUUUCAAUUAUCUCCCUCUCUAAUGUAAUGAAAAACUAUACACAAUGAUACUGGAUACCAUUAGUACUGUAUCUUUUUUCUGUUUUCCAUCCACUGAUUUUCUUUGACUUGGUUGACAACUAUGCAUCUGUAUUCACUUUGUGGUGAACAUGUUGAGAGUCUGCGGUUUCUAGAGAUUUCAGCAAAUUCUGGUCUAUCCUCAAUAGUUACCUAGAAAAAAAAUUCAACAAUGAUGGAAAACUUUGUUAUUUAUAUGAACAUGAACAGGGGUUAGAUAAGAUAAAUGUUAAACUCAUAAUCAUCUGUAAUCUGUUGGAGUGAGUAAAAAGCUCCUAGAGUCAGUUUUGAUCCAAACCGCCAAAGAGGUAAUUAUUAUUUUCAAGCAUCCAAAAGCAGAAUAAAAUGAUAACAGCCUG